UAAAAGUAUAUCAAGCAUAUAAGAUUGUUGGAUUAGUUUAUCGUCCAAAGCAUCUUGACAAAACAGAAGCUCAAACAAUUAUCAACAAAAACUCUCUUCUUAUUUCUCAAAAAAAGCUCUCAUGGCUUCUUCUUCCUCGGUUGUGAAACCCACCCCAACGGGGCCUCAGGUGUUCAUAUGCUUCCGGGGAGCAGAUGUCCGCAAACACUUCAUAAGCUUUCUUGUCCCUGCCUUGAGAGAAGCGAACAUAAACGUCUUCAUAGAUGAGAACGAGUUUUUGGGCUCAGAAAUGGCUAACCUAUUGACGAGGAUUGAAGAGUCUGAGCUCGCGCUAGUGAUAUUUUCCGUGGAUUUCACAAGAUCGCAUAGGUGCUUGAAUGAGCUGGCCAAGAUCAAGGAACGCAAGGAUCAAGGCCGUCUCAUAGUGAUUCCCAUCUUCUACAAAGUUAAACCUUCCGCUGUAAAAUUUCUUGAAGGAAAAUUUGGCGAUAAUUUCAGGGCUCUGGAACGCAAUAAUCGACACAUGCUACCAAUAACUCAGAAAUGGAAGGAAGCAUUAGAGUCUAUCCCGGGAUCAAUAGGCAUGCCCUUGGCUGAACAAAGUGAGAGGACCGAUAAUGACUUCAUAAACUCAAUGGUCAUCAAGAUUCAACAAUUACUGGAGAAUAUGGCUGUGAGAAGAAACAAUGAAAUAGAAGCGCAACGUAAAUUAGUUUCCAUCGUCCCUCCAAAGAAACCGAAAGGAGAAGCGAAUCCUCAAGGAGGUUCCAUGGUCCCUGCAAGGAAGCCAGAAAGAGAAGCGAGUCAGGAAGGAAGUUCCGUGGUCCCUUCCAUGGUCCCUGCAAGGGAUUUAGACAUCACACAUUCUGAGAAACCUCAAAAAUGGACUUGGAGUACCAUCAACGAGGCACCAAACUCUGCGGAAAUUGAAAUUGCGACGUUGAAUAAAGUUUACUGGCUUAAAAUAGUGGGAACAAUAACUACGGAGAAUCUAACACCAGGAGCUAAGUACGAGGCUGUAUUCGUAGUCAAAUUAGAAAAUAAUGCUAGUGGAUGGGAGCAACCAGUGAAUCUAAAGCUGAAGGUGGUACAACACGAUGGGGACGACGAUCGGGUGGAUCGAACAGAGAACUUGAACGAUUACAUAGGCCAGAACUGGGUGGAUAUUUUGGCCGGAGUUUUCGUGGUUCCGCCAAAAACUACUCCCGCAACGAUCAUUUUCACCAUGUAUCAGUACGAAGACAAGUAUAAGAAAAAGGGACUCGUCGUCAAAGGUGUUGCAAUACGUCCCACGAACUAAAGCGUACAAACGAAGGAUAUAUGAUUAUUCCUAUUGUUUAAUAUAUGUAUUUUUAAAAAAAUGAAUCGCUAGUCUGUUUAAAAUAAAAAUAAAAAUAGAUGCUCUGUUUGGUUAUUAAAGUGAAUUGUUUUUCCUUUUUCUUUUUGGGUACUGUUGUUUGAAAUUAUGAUAAAAUUUUAUAAUUUUUCUACUUGAUAAUAAUGAUGCUCCCAAUCUUUCA